AUGAUUGAAGGUGAUGAAGAUUCAGAAGAUAUAAAUAAUAGCAAUUACGACGAUUUUAAUGACACUGAUGAUUAUAGAGGAAAUAUAAUACUUCAACAACGUGAUCACAAUUCCGGAUAUAUAGAAUUUUAUGAUGCAAGCAAUAAUGACAGCAUGUUUUAUGGUCAUAGCAAUUUUAAUGAUAUGGAUCAUAUAAUACCCUUGCAAUAUGACAAUAGUCAUGUGCAUGUAAAUGCAUAUGAAAAUAAUGACAAUAAAAGACAUGAUUCAGAUAUAAGGGCAUUGCUAAAUGAAUUUUCCGAUUCUAAUAUUGAAGAGCGAAAAAAAACUUAUUAUAUUGAUGAAAAGGAUAAAGUGUUUGAAUCAAUUCAAGCAUUUGAUGAUAGUGCUAUACCAGAAGAUAGGCUUUCAUUAAUUUCAAGUUCUCGAUUUUCGGAAUCAUGUUCUAAUAUUAUAGAAGACGAUCACACAAUACAAUAUUGUGACAGUGAGGUUAAUAGUGAUAAGCAAACUUAUUUUGUUCAUUAUGGGAAUGCUGACAUAUAUAGCACACAAAUAAUCUCUGAACAAGGUAGCACAAUUAAUAAUCAGGAACAAAUAAGAGACAAG